GUAAUGUUCGACGGGCCUGCCGCCGUUGCGUUUCGCCGUCAUUGCCGCCGCCGUCGUCGUCACGGUUGUCGUCGCAGUCGUCGUCACCGCCGCGUAGUGGGUCUCGCGCCGCGCGUCGGAACUGAACGCCCACCGUCGUGGUGUCAGGUGGUCGUCGUCAUUCCGGACUUGUCGUACACAACGUCGUAUCCGAAUCUCGCGAAACCGUUAUCGCCGCCUUUGAGUCCCGUUAUCGCGGAAUUGUGUGUGUCCCCCCCCACCAUUCCCCUCUGUCCAUCGCAGAGAAGGUUACGUAAAAAAAAAAAAAUCCCCCCCCCCCGAUCACCGUUGACGCGGACACGGAACGACGGGCACUGGCGCGGGGCGGCGUAUAAUAACGCGUCGCAUUGUUACAGCAGUCACGGUGGUAGUACUGCACUACCCUCGCGCACGGUCGCCACACCGGAACACAGCGACGACGGCGCGAGCGGUGGCCGGUCCCGUCGGUGACGCGACGGCGGGCGGCCACGCGGCGAUCGUGCAGCCCGGCGUGAAAGACGAUCGGCUUCGAGGACUUGGAGUGGCCGGACGCGUUCGACGAACGGUACUACGAUGACGACGUGGACGCGCGCUCGGGGCGGCCGCAUGCGCUGCGGGCGGCCGCUAUCAUGGUGAACAGCAGUGCCGGCCGCACCGCUCUCGCUGGCACCGGGCACUACCAUCACCACCACCACCAUCACCACCUGCAGCCGCAGCCGACCGGCAACCUACUGCACCACCACCACUACCUGCACCACUUCAACCACAGCAGCGUGUACUACCGCGGCCGCGCGCACCCGCAGCGCCGGCACAACAUUCACCACCACCUCGCGGACAAGACGUCCUACUAUCACCACAACCAUCACCACCACCGGGGCCAGUCACCGUCGUCGCCGCCGCCGCCGUCGUCGCCGUCCUCGUCCAACCGGCCGCUCUACAGACGGGUGUACAACUUCAUCCGGCAGGCGUGGACCGGCGUCAAGUUCUCUUUAGAUUCCGAAUUUGAUGAUUUGGAAACACCGCCCAGAUACAGACCCGAAAGCGUACAAUACUUUUGCCGGACAACGGGUUUCACGGAAUCGGAAAUCAAAAAAAUUUACCGCAAUUUCAAGACGGAAUGCCCGACCGGACUUAUCAAAGAAGACGCGUUCCGCGGCAUUUACUCGCAGUUUUUCCCUCAAGGAGCCAACAUAAGUCAAUACGCUCAUUAUGUCUUUCAAUCGUUGGACCACGAAAGAAACGGAAUUCUAAACUUUGAGGACAUGGUGCAGGGCCUGUGGACGCUGUCCCGGGGAUCGGUGGACGAUAAGCUCCGGUGGGCGUUCACGCUAUACGACCUGGACGGUGACGGGCAAAUUUGUCGGGACGAGAUGACGCGCGUCGUGACAGCCAUCUACGAACUGAUGGGCAAAUUCGCCGAACCGUGGCUCAAGGACGGCACGACGGUGGCCGCACACGUAGAUUUCGUGUUUCAGAAAAUGGACCUCAACCGAGACGGGGUGGUGUCAUUCGACGAGUUCAUGGAAACCUGUAAAAACGACGAGAACAUAACCCGUGCAAUGAUCUCAAUGUAGAUGAGAGACAUCGUAAAUAUAGAUGAUCCGUAUGAUACCGUGGAUGUCGUUUGAUAAUAAAAUUAUACCCGAAAAACCGAUGGGCGACUAUACGGUCGGACGACAUAAAAUCGACAGACAUCAUCCGAACAGUAGUAAUUAUAAUAUAUAUGGAGUAUAAUAUUUAUUUAUUUUUUUUUUUUGCUAAAACUUUUUUUUUGACAUAUUGUACGAUUAAAUUCAUUUUUUAUUCUUU